AGGAUCCACUUCAAUUGGGAACGGGUUUAGGAUUGAGCAUCGUAAAGUUGUUGGUAGAGAAAAUGGGAGGAAGGUUAGAUGUUGAAAGUGAAGUAGAUGUUGGCACGAGAGUAAAAAUUUGGUUGGACUUUGAGGAAACCAACAGUGCCGAUAAUCCAGAAGACAACGAAGAGGAGGAUGCAGAUAUGAGAGAAAGGAAAGAAAAAGAUCGAAAAGCGAUAUUACAAAAGUUCAGCGGCAAAACAGUUAUCUUCAAGAAUAUAACCGGAAAACUUCGAGAAGCAACCGAACGACUUCAGAAAGAUUGGUUCGGUGUGAAAAAUACUAUUUUCGAAGAUAAACUGAGCAUUUUAGACGGUGAUUUUGUGAUAAUUAACAACGACCUUGAAGCCUUGAGAGAAUUGUUGAUGGGUGGCGGCAAGGAAUAUAAAAAGAAAUCCUCAUGGUUUGAAGUACCGUUUACUCACGAAGAAAAAUGUAAAUUCAAUUCACCGAUCGCAUUUUAUACAACGUUGGCAAACCAUGGUAAAGCGA